CCCUAGAGGGCGCAGCCGAUGUCUCGGAGGCGCUGCAGGAAACGUGGGAGGAGAGCGCGGUCGACUGCGAGGGCGCCUCCCGGCUGGAGGUAGUGACGAUGGACGCGGGCUUCGUCGCCGCACUCGGGGGGUUGGCAACGAAGUCCACAGCGCUUGCCCCCGAGGUCGACGAGGGCGACGAGCUGCUCCUGGGUGAGGCGGAAGAGGGCGACGAGAAGGCGGGGGAAGUCGCCAGCGAACUCAGUGACGCCGCGAGGGGGGCCCUGGCUGGACUGCCCGGCCG